CCUUCGAAGAAGCAAAUCAAGUAAUAUAGCCACCAUGUUCAAAUACGCCGUUGUUGUCCUCGCCCUCGUUGCCUGUGCUGCUGCCAAACCAGGACUCCUGGGUGCUCCUCUGGCCUACACUUCUCCCUUGGCCUAUACUGCUCCUCUGGCUUACUCUGCUCCUGCUGCAGUGGUGGCUGCUCCUGCUCCAGUCGUGACCGCCACCAGUAGCCAGGUGAUCGCCAGGAACUACAAUGGAAUCGCUGCUGCCCCCGUGAUUGCCCCCGUGGCUGCUCCAGUGGUCGCCAAGUACGCAGCUGCUCCUUUGGCUGGCCCGUUGGCAUAUUCCUCCCCUUUGGCAUUCUCCACCCCUCUCAGCUACGCCGCUGCUCCCACGCCACUCCUUAUCUAAAUUAAACUGCGAUCA